AUGGCUGGUGGUCGGGAAAAUCCGCCAACGAAGCAAGACAUUAUCGACGGGGUGGAAUGCUUUCUAGAACUAUACAAGCAAUUGAUUGUCGAAAAGUCGGCCAAGUUCUAUGACAGCAAGCUCUUAACAGAGUCCACUGUCUUCAUUGAUGCCGAUCCCUCAGGUUCAUCCGAGUGGGAGUUUACAGCCGAUGAAACAUGGUGCAAUAUUAACGGUGUUUUGCAUGGAGGCGCCUAUGGAGUUAUUUUUGAUAUGUGUACUGCUUUGACUAUGCAGUCGGUUUCACGACCUGGAUAUUGGGAGUUUUUGGCCGGAGUUACAAGAACGCUGAAUAUUUCAUAUCUCAAAGCCAUUCCGCUCGGCACAAAAGUACGUGUUCGGUGCCAAGUCGAGCAACAUGGAAGGACAAUGGCUUUGAUUAGCGGCUGGAUGGAGUCGAUGGAUGGGAAGAUCAAGUACGCGACUGCAGAACAACACAAGGUUUAUGUUCCAGCAAUUCCAGAGUAUGCGGCUCGACUGGAGGCUAUGAAGAAUGCCCGACGGAGAGAAAGGUUGAAGCUGUAA